CGAACACCUCUCAAACACUCCAAACUAUGCCUCCCAAGAUUCCCGAUCUCGGUAAAAUUAAGCAAAUUAUCCCACCGCUGUCAGCGGAAAUGCACAAGGGCCAAGCUGGUCGUAUUGGUAUUGUUGGAGGUUCCGAAGACUAUACUGGUGCUCCUUAUUUCAGCGGUAUUUCGUGUAUGAAGCUGGGUGCAGACUUGUGCCAUAUCUUCUGUGAGCCUGGAGCUGGUACUGUCAUAAAGGGUUAUUCCCCAGAUUUAAUUGUCCAUCCCUAUUUGAGAACAUCGCAACACAUCAAAGAGAGCAAUCUCUCGCCAAAGGAUAUAGUCGAUAAUGUUGCUGGCGUAUUCAGUAGAUUGCAUGUUUUGGUGGUUGGCCCCGGACUGUCUCGAGAUUCAGUUAUGCUAGAAUCUGCAAAAAGCAUAAUUGAGAAAGCCAAAGAGAAGAACAUGGCAAUUGUCAUUGACGCUGAUGGGUUGUUUCUGGUACAAAAUCAUCCAGAAACAGUGCAAAAUUAUCAAAAGGCAGUAUUGACACCGAAUGUGGUGGAAUUUAAGCGGCUUUGCGAGGCAAUGAAACUUAAAUUUGACGAUAAUGAACGUGAUACCAUGGCUCAAAAGCUAAGCAACGCCUUUGGUGGUGUGACCAUUGUGCAGAAGGGUUCUAACGACUUAAUUUCGAAUGGAAAGGAAGUGCUUAUAUGCGAUGCUGAAGGUGGAUUGAAGCGAAUGGGUGGCCAAGGUGAUAUCUUGUCAGGUGUCAUUGCUACCUUCUUGGCUUGGGGAAAAGGCUACGAAGACGGGGUUUGGAAACACUCGGGUACAUUGGAGUCAAAAGAGAUAUCGCUACUUGCUGCUUGGUCUGGCUGCCGUAUCGUACGAGAAUGUGCUAAACGAGCUUUUGAAAAGUACGGAAGAGCUGUUUUGACAUCACAUCUGUUAGAAGAAAUUGGUCCAUCAUAUGCAAGUUUGUUUGAAAAAGGCACGAGCAAGAUCUAGGUUCAUUACGCAGGAACUUCAAAGUGGGCGACCAUGUACACGCCAAUUUGGAGAAUCAAGUGCUGCUCGUAAAUAAACAAAUUACAAAUCCAAAAAAAGAAUGCGUCUUGUAAAUUUAUUACGUUAUGAUAUGUGCUCUCACGAGUUAAAGAAAAUGCUUGAUUUGAAGAGGCUGCCGUACAGCAUUCGAAAAGCCUUCAUGAAAUCGGUACCAGACCUUUGGCUUUUGGUAUGCGGUAAUGUCUGGAGUGUAGAAAA